GCCACUUGUUUGAUUUGACAGUUUCUCAAUUCCAUGUUCAAUUUCAAUGGUGAUGUGAACUGUUUUGUUUUCUUUACCGCCUAAGUUCUAAAUAUGAGUGAGGAAGAUUUAUCCGAUGUGCAAGAUCUCUUGCCAGACGACCAAGAAUUGUGUGAACGUUCUAGUCGUUGGGCCCAAAUGUUCGAGAAACAUCAAAAUGAUCGAGAAGACGGAGAUGUAAGAUUGGUAACUUACGUAGAACUUUCUGGAAAGUCUGAAGAUUCCGACGCUCAAACCGAAGAAACUGUUGAUCCAAAAGAAUUUGAGGACAAUGUGACCAAAGAAGAUCCAAGUUUUAAUAUUGACGACGUGUUAAAUGCAACACAGAAAGUUAUCGCGAAACGCAAGGAGUCCUGGAGACAGAAUGGCAUUGACCGUCUAAUGGACUCGUUCUGCUGUGAUCAAAUUUCCGGCAAGGUUGAUGGUUGGCUCCAAAAUAAUUGUGAUUAUUUUUCGUCGAAUUUCAGUAGGGAUCCGAAAAGGCAUUGUUUCAAUGAAAUCAAAAUAAACGAACGCAACAUAGUAGUGGAAAAAGAUUUUGAUGAUCGCUUAACAGAUACAUCUGUAGAUACCGCAAAAUAUAUUCUAUCGAAUAGGAAACGGCGUAAGUCGAAAGUUACAAUGACAAUAAAACAAUUUUGCUACUCUGCGCAGAGAAAGAGGAGUCCUACCCCUCUCAAAGCAUAUGAGAAAUCUAAAGAUGGUUAUAAUUCUCAUCCAAAAAUGCUAGCAUAUGACCUAAAAUCUCGAAGUAAAAAACAAUCAAGCGUUUCACCCCCAAAAAAAGUUAAGACAGCAAAGCGUCAACAGCGAAGACCAUAUUUCUCUACGUCAUCAUCUUCAUCGUCGUCGGAAGAUACAAACUUAGCUGAAAUUAAGCGUUCACAGAAAUAUUGUCGAAAACCAUAUAAGCUUCGACGGAAACGAGGGGGGAGUAAUGAAUAUAAAAAAAGCUGCAAUGGUGAUAUUUUAAAAAAGGAAAAAAGUAAAAACAACAUGAAGGAAGAAAUAGUAUGCCUGGAUUCUUCUGAUUCGUCUGUUUCCUGCAAUGAAUUGCAAAAGCGGAAAGCUAGUGGCCUUAUUUCUGAGGAGAAAUCUGGGGUAUCUAACGGCGAGAAUGCUCAUGCCUACGAUCCUGGCAGUAAUAAUUGCAAUUCCCUCGAAAAAGCACCAUCGGACUUAAAUCUGACUAAAAUCGGAGUAAUAAACUCGACAGCCAUCAAAUCACAAGACUCAAUGCUAUUUUGUAAGGAGAAGUUUGUGUCUGCGUGCACCAACGUGAACGAUUCUAGUAAUAAUCAAGGGCAAGCAAGCAACAAUAAUACAAUAGAUAGCGUUUUGACCACUCGACGGAGCAGUAUAAAGCCAAUCAUUCUGUAUUCACCGAAUUUGACAGGAACCCCUCCCAGUUUACUGAACAAACAAAAAUUAAAAAUUACACAGAAAGAUCUGGAAAGCUCGGUAGGAUCAGAAAUGAAAAAGCGAUUUUUGGGUAGUCGGAAAAAUUUCCACUAUGAGUGCAGUGCUAAGUCACAGUUAGUAUUCAUUCCCCCUAGUGAAGCGAAUGCAAUUAGUUCUUCGGGCGAGGAGGAAGACCCCAUCGGAUCAGCAAACAAUGGAAAAAUAGUGGAAAUUGUAUUUCUAGAUGAUGAAGCGUCAUAGUAGGAUUUUAAGCAUUAUUUUUUAUACUUGUUAAAUUGUAAUAUUUUAAAAGUUGUGCAGUUUUUUAAGUGUCAAAUAUAGAUUAUUUAAUUGUAAA